UUUUUGUUUUUUUUUCGUUUUUUUUUUUUUUUUUUUUGUGCCGUGUCGAUGUAAUAACAUGUAUUACCGCGUACAUGUUCGUUGACGCCGAGUUCGCGUACCAUCAGUUUUUCUCCGCCAUCCGUCCGUCGGAGUCCGAUUUUCCGCUGCGGUCCUCUCGGUGAUUGUUAUUAUUAUUUUGUACAUUUUUUUUCCCCCUUCCCGUCGCACCGCACGAGCAUCGCACGCGCACCGCACUGCAGGAAUACUCAGGCAUCGCACCCGGCACACCGGACUGGAUCGACCUCACGUGGGUCCCGUAGACCAACCGGCGCCACAUUAGCAGUAAUGUGGAAAAAGGAUUUCAAGAAACUAAAACUUUUGCUAUGGAAGAAUUUGCUGAUACAGAGGAGACACCCCAUCCAGUCGUUCAUCGAACUUCUGCUGCCGGCCAUUAUGGCGUGCGUGAUGGUCAUGUUCAGGUCGUGGGUACAACCCGUCGAGUUCACCGAAGUUACCAGAUAUCAACCAUUCCCCAUAUCGGUGCCGCCGUUGAUUCUGGGCUACAGGCACGGAUGGACCAUAGCAUGGGCUCCACAUCAUCCGGUAUUAGAAAAAGUCUUGAAAAACGCUUUCACCGACAUCCCUAAUCUGAAACUCAAGUCGUUCGACACCAUCGAGAGGAUGGAAAACUUGUUGAAUCAGGAUAACGCGAUGAAAAAAUUCCUGGUCGGUAUGCGAUUCGACAACAUCACCCCGAACACCACCAUACCGAAAACCAUAGUCAUCAAACUCAGGUAUCCUUGUCAUCUGAGGAUAACGAAAAAAAGUCUGAUGAGCUUCGAUACGAUCGAGGCGAACUGGCGAACUUACUUAAUGUUUCCUCUGUACCAGACAUUCGGUCCAAGGCACAAGUCGGAAAACAACGGAGGCGAACCAGGUUAUCUGUCGGAAUCGUUUUUGUUCUUGCAAAACCAGAUCUCCAACUCGCUGAUCAACUAUUGGGCCCCGGGCGAAGGAGUUCCGGAAAUCGAGUUGCAAAGGUUCCCGUACCCGAAGUACAUCGAAGACGCUUUGCUGCCGGCGCUCACGUCGUUCGUGUCCACCGUGGUGUUGCUCAGUUACGUCUACACCGCCAUCAACACCAUUAAAGUGGUGUCGGCCGAAAAAGAGUUGAAAAUGAAGGAGGCCAUGAUGCUCAUGGGUUUGGACAAUUGGCUGCACGCUAGCGCGUGGUACCUGAAGAGUUUUAUCGUGUGGAUAAUACCCCUGUUGCUGCUGGUGUUUUUCAUCUCGUUCCAAUGGCCGUCGGGCGCAGUGUUCCAGUACUCCGAUCCAAUGGUGCUGAUGCUCAUACUGACCCUUUACGUGAUGGCGAGCAUAUCGUUUUGCUUUUUGAUAUCAGCCUGCUUCAAAAAAGCCAACACGGCGGCAACCGUCGGCGGUGUAUUGUGGUUCGGCACCUACGCGCCGUUCAUGAUCUUCCAGCCCAAGUACUCGUCCAUGACCAACAGAGAGAUCCUAGCGUCGACCAUAUUUCCCAACACGGCGUUGGGAUACAUAUUCCAGAGUCUAAUCAUGUUCGAAGGCAUAGGCGUCGGACUCACGUGGGAAAACAUCACGAUGACCGUGUCGCCGGACGACAAAAUGUGCAUCGUGGACAUCAUGCUGAUGUUGGUGUUCGACACGGUGCUGUACCUGACGAUCGCCGUGUACAUGGAAACGGCUUUCCCGAAAAACAGCGGAUUCCAUCCGCCGUGGUACUUCCCGAUAUUGCCGUCUUUCUGGUUCGAGAGCAAAGUCGAUCCCAAUAAGAUCACCGAAAAGUCCGGCAUACAAAUCCAAUCGCUCAGCAAGAGCUUCAGACCCGGCAAGUUCGUCGUCAACAAACUGACCGUGGACAUGCAUCCGAAUCAGAUCACCGUUUUGCUGGGCCACAACGGCGCCGGAAAGUCCACCACAAUGUCCAUGUUGACAGGGCUGAUAAGUCCCACGUCCGGAACGGCGCUGAUAGAGGGCUACGACAUAAAAACCCACAUGAAAAUCAUCAGACAUUCGUUGGGACUCUGUCCCCAAUACAAUCUGCUCAUACCGGAUUUGACGGUUCUCGAGCAUUUGUACUUUUUCGGAAUGCUGAAGGACUUGGACGACAACGAACUGCAAGCCGAAGUGGACAGUUAUACGACCAAGUUCGAACUGGAGUCUAUGCUCGGUACCAAAUCGAAACAUUUAAGCGGAGGAAUGAAACGAAAACUGUCUGUCGCCAUCGCGUUGAUCGGCAAAUCCAAGGUGGUGCUAAUGGACGAACCCACGUCAGGAAUGGAUCCUGCGGCUAGGCGUACUCUGUGGAACAUUUUGCAGUCGGAACGGCAAGGAAGGACAAUGGUGAUGACCACGCAUUUGAUGGACGAGGCAGAUCUGUUGGGCGACCGCGUCGCCAUCAUGAAAGCCGGUACUUUGUGUUGUGUCGGAACACCGUUUUCGUUGAAAAAAGAAUACGGUGGCGGUUAUACUUUAACUCUAGUGAAAGAUGUAAUCGGAUUUAGUCUGACCAAAGUAACAAAUUUCGUCCGUAAAUAUUACCCGAAUUCCGUUCCAAGCAACAUGACUACAAUGGAAGUUACGUAUCAACUAGAAGACUCUUCGUCGUUCCCAGAUCUGCUCAAUGCUUUAGAGCAAAACAAACAUUUGUUCGGGGUCAAAGAAUACGGCGUGAAUUUGACUUCGCUACAAGACGUGUUCAUGAGGGUUGGUCAAGAAGACAACAAAAAACUGACGGACUAUCAGUUGAACUCGAUGAAACAGAAAUCACUGGAAUUGAACAAUCGUUUCGACAGUUUAUUCUACGACGCCGAGAGCGAUUCUACCGAUUUGAAAUACGAAAGAGCCCAAGGAUGGAAGUUGUUCAUCAUUCAAGUCGGGGCGAUUAUGGAGAAGAAAUGUUUGCAAUCGUACCGUUCUUUGAUCAUGCACUCCUUGCAGUUAAUGUUGACGUUGUUUUUUAUAUUGCUCGCGUUACUGGUCGUCAACGCUUGGCAGGGGAUGAAAGACCUGCCCGCACUGGCAGCCGAACUUGGGAACUACUGGGAACCCAUCAGCACGGUCAUGUUGACCGCGAACAACACGAUCAUGAACAAUAUUUACGAGUCGUACAAGAACAUCUGCGGGUCCAACCCGGUGCUGGAUCUGAACUAUCGGAGCCGGUACAAUGACUUCGAGGACGUUUUACUGAAAGUGGCAUCGGAGAAAAUAUCGCCGUUCACGCAGAAGUACAUAGUGGGAGCGAUUUUCGGCGAUUUCAAGAUCACGGCGUACUUCAACAAUCAGCCGUACCACGGGCCGCCGCUGGCGCUCAACAUGGUCCACAACGCCAUACUGAAAAACUACAAAGGAGACGAUUACGGGAUUAAGAUAAUCAAUCAUCCGCUGCCCUACCAGGGAGUGGACAAGCUGAUGAAACUGACCGGAGGCAGUAAUCUGGGCUACCAGGUGGCGUUCAACUGCGCCAUUUCCCAAGCGUUCGUGUGCGCCGUGUACGUGUUGUUCGCGGUCAACGAACGGCAGAGCGGGGCCAAACACAUGCAGCAGAUCGCGGGCAUCAAACCGCUGGCUUACUGGGGCGCGUCUCUGCUGUGGGACUGGAUCAGCUACCUGACCGUGAUAUUUUCCAUACUGCUGUUGCUCUUCUGGCACGGUGACCCGGGAUACGCUAACCUGAAACAAAUGGGACUGAUGCUGAGCCUGCUGGUGACUUUCUCGUGGGCGACGUUGCCGCUGAUGAGUUUGUUUUCGUUCAUGUUCCGCAACCCUUCGACGAGCUUCACCAGAAUAUCCAUGUUCAGCGUGAUGACCGGUGCCAUGUGCUUCAUGUUGGUGCUCAUUUUGGACAUGCAACCGCUGUGCCUGAAGGAUCAGUCGAAAUUCAUCGACAACGUGAUGAUAUUUUUCCCGCACUACGCGCUCGGCAGCGGCAUGAAGAACAUAUACUCGUCGUACGAGUACAACGAGAUCUGCGAUUUCCAAAAGAACGCCAGCUGCUUCGGAUGGGACGGUGACAACUUGUCGUGGGUGAGCCCCGGCAUCGGCCGCCACAUGGCGCAUCUUUUCUGGCUGGGAUUCGUGUGCGUGUCGCUGCUGCUGUCCUGCGAGUACCUGAUGUACUACGGCAACAAGAUACAGUGCACGAUCCUGAAGCUGUACAGUCACAUGUGCAAGCGGCCGAUCAAGGAGGACAAGUACGACCUGAACUGUUACGAGUCGGACGUGGCCCACGAGAAGCAGACGGUCAACAGUGUGGACCCGCACAACUAUUGUCUGUACCUCAACAACGUGUGGAAGAAGUACGGGAACAAGGAUGUCGUGAAAGGUUUAAAUCUCGCCCUGAAACCCAACGAGUGCUUCGGGCUGCUGGGCUCGAACGGGGCCGGCAAGACCACUACGUUCAGAAUGCUGACGGGAGACAUAAAGAAUAGCAUCGGCGACAUUUACGUGUGCGGCGUGAACGUGAACAACAACCGAGAAAAGAUCCACGAGGUCGGAGGUUACUGUCCGCAGUUCAACGGUCUCAUCGAAGAGCUCACCGGCUACGAGACGCUCCAUUUCUUCUGCAGACUGCGAGGCAUGUCGUACAAAGAAGCGUCCACGGUGCCGUUCCACUUGGCCGCGCGGUUGGCGUUCGUCCCUCAUUUGAACGUCCAAGCGAAAAACUACAGUGGCGGCAACAAGAGAAAGCUUAGCACUGCCAUAGCUAUGAUCGGUGACCCAAGCAUAUUGUUCUUGGACGAGCCCACUUCCGGCCUCGAUCCCGCCGCCCGGAAACACCUUUGGGACACGGUGAGCGAGGAGAGGGAUCGCGGCAAAUGCGUAUUCAUAACGUCACACAGCCUCGAAGAAUGCGAAGCUCUGUGCACCCGUCUGGCCAUCAUGGUGGACGGCCGCCUGUGCUGCAUCGGAUCCGUGCAGCACCUGAAAAACAAAUUUUCCGUCGGCUAUCAGUUGCACAUCAAAUACCAUCCGGACAACAAUCGAGUAGCCAAAGAUUUUGUGAUAAAAACGUUUGAGGGUGCGAGUUUGCGAGAAGAGUUCGAGAUCACAGCGCUGUUCCAUAUUCCCAAGAAGUAUCCGUGUUCUUACGCUUUCGCUCAGAUGGAACAAGCCAAAAAGGAACUGCUGAUCGACGAUUAUUCAAUAUCGCAAACUAGUUUGGAACAGGUGUUCUUAAGUUUUACCCGGAAUCGUCAACAACAGAUUGCAUAACAAGUCGCGAGAAGCUGAACAUCACAACGUUUGCUUUCGGUUUCAAUUUCCCCGUUUAUAAGUAUAAGUAUAAGUGCCAUGUCAAAUAAAAAAACUAUGUAUGUCUUCCUCCUCCUGGAACGUUAACGCAACAUUCCGGUUGUUGUUUUUUUUUUUUUUUCGUAUGAAGGCUGACUAAUGUAUAUUAUUAUUGAAA